GGUUACAGAACAAGCGGCAGCGGCAGCAGCGGGAGAGGACGCGUUUCUUUACCGCGGCAGCAAAAACAAGCGAACAAACAAAAAAACAUGCAGUGAAGCGACUUUUUCCCAGCGCUGCCAGGAUGAAGACUUGAGAUAUUUGGUGAAGAUAAACUUUUCGUCUUGUUGGCUGACCGCUCCUGUGUCCCGCCGAGACUUGACCAUGGACUCCUUCAGCACGAAGAGCUUAGCCCUGCAGGCGCAGAAGAAGCUGAUGAGCAAGAUGGCCACCAAGAGCGUGGCCAACCUAUUUAUCGACGACACCAGCAGCGAGGUGCUGGACGAGCUGUACCGCGUCACCAAAGAGUACACCCGCAACCGCAAAGAGUCCCAGAAGAUCAUCAAGAACUUGAUCAAGAUGGUGGUGAAGCUGGGAGUGCUUUACAGAAACAACCAGUUCAACAGUGAAGAGCUGAUCCUGGUGGAAAACUUCAGGAAGAAAGUCCACACUCUGGCCAUGACGGCGGUCAGUUUCCACCAGAUUGAGUUCACCUUUGACCGCCGCGUCAUGAGCGCCAUUUUGAAUGAUUGCCGUGAGCUGCUGCACCAGGCCAUCAAACGCCACCUGACAGCCAAGAGCCACUCGCGAGUCAACCACGUGUUCAAUCACUUCGCUGACUGCGACUUCCUGGCAGCUCUCUACGGACCCUCAGAGGUUUAUCGCGCCCACCUGCAGAGGAUCUGCAACGGAGUCAACAAGAUGCUCGACGAGGGGAACCUCUGACCUCCGCUGGGCUCGCCAUCAGGCACCUUUUACCUCUAGUCACCCUCAUGCAAGGUUUUCUAAGGUGACAAUCAUGAACAUUUUUAUUUUAUUGUUUUUGUGUUUAUGCGUGCCUUUCAGCCGUUACUGUAACACUGAAAUUAUCUUGGCUAGUUAGUCCAAAGUGUGUUUCUUCUGCAGCCUGAUUUCUUGUUAUUCCACAGUAAACAAAACCCAGCAGAUGUUCUUUUUAGAUGAAUGUAAAACUUCAUGCUCUUAUCAGUAUAUUCAGGGAUGGGAGCCUUGACAACUGUGCCUUAAAAAAACAUAUUUUUAACUUCAUUUCAAGGGCACUCUGGUUGCUCUCGUACUAAAUCAAAAAGACAUGAAUCAGGCACAGGCCUUCAGUCAUAUCUCUGUAAAGAGCUUUUAAUGGACCAAAAUGGUUUGGGGAGCACCAGGAGAGGAAGUGAAUUUUUGUCUUUUCCAAAUACCCAAGGACAUUAAGUGAUUUUUUUUCUUUUCUAAAAGUAGUAUUGCACUCAAUCCUGAACACGCGCUGUACUGUACUUUUCCUGCAAUAAUGAAACCAUGUGAAACACAGUCGAGUAAUCCUGCUUAGCCUGCAUUUCCCCAUCAUGCACUGAACUCCUCUUUGUAGAGCAGCCAGGCCUUUUUGUUCAGGAGGCACCUAUAAACCCAGUUUUGCUUUUAACAGUCUGGUUUAUAGCCACCACAACAAAGAUGAAGUAUUUGGGUCAUAGGGGGACCAUAAACAUGAAGGAAUUUUAUGCUGCAUAUUGUUGAACGCGUUGCCGACUGUAUGCUCAUCUGCUCGGAAAAACUGCAACUUUUGUAUCUAUAAAUGUCAUAAUCACAGCAGGGGGAGCUGCACAAUGUGACACCAUCCUUAAAGGUUGCUCUGGCAUUUUGUCGGAGAGGACUAAAACGCGAUCACAGUCGGAACUACUCGUCAUAAUAGAUGUUGGCGCCUGGGGUCAGUCGGUUUUAGAUUUAUUGGCGUCGCCUCAGGUUUAUCCAAAAAAGCACUAAAAUUCUGGUUUGAAUUCUGACACAUUUGAACUAAAAAGACUCCCCAUGAGCAGUCAGAUGAAAGGCUGGACGAAAAAACUGCAGCGCCGCAUCUAUGAAAAGGGCCAGGCAGGGUAUAGAGAUUAGAGCGGAGACAAACACAGUACCUGAUUGUACUCUGCCACUGCAAUUACAGCUCCCCACUCUGGGGUGGUAUAAUGGCCCGGAGCCUGCCUCCGUCGAGCAGCCACUCCAUUUCACCAGCCUCAUGUAAUGUGAUGGAGAUAACCAUCUCUGUUUGCGCAAUGCAAGUCCUUUAAUGGAGUGAAAGAUGUUGUGAUUCUUCCUUAUAAAGGAGAAUAUGAAUAGUUACUACUAUCCUUCCCGAACCUCACACAAUAGCUGUCUUUCCCUUUCUGCCUAUGUGUUUUUGUAUCACUGAGCCUGUCUGGGAGAUUGUUUUGUGCUGCGGCCUCAUUUUGUAUUCUGUGUGUGUGUGUGUGUGUGUAUAUGUGUGUGUGUGUGUUUGUGUGCGUACCUGUGAGAGAAUUGGAAAUUGAGCCGUGUAAUAAGCGCUGUGCUUUUUCCAGAUAGGAUUGCUGAAACUUUAACUUCAUCCACAGCAGCUCUGCCAAAGAAACGAAGACUGAUGUUGCUCAAAAUGCAGUCGGAACAUUUCAGAAAACACUAUGCACUUGAUAAUUAUAACCCUGGUGACGGUGAUAAUGAAGACAAACAUGGUGGCUGUUGUGGUUUUAAUUCUUAAAUGAUUUCCCUGAGUAUUCUCGUUUGAUAAACCCGUUUGACUCUUGCUGAAUCAUUUUGGGAGGCUUUCAAGUAAAUCCUUGUUCCUAAGUCUCCCAGAACAGUUGACUUUAAUUGUCUUCGGAUGCCAUUUUCUUCAAUCCCUCCACAUCUCAGGGUUGGUUUAAAUCUCCCUCGGUUUAAAACCCAUGACACACUAAACAGAAAUGACCACAAACCUCUGCAGCAGCCCCACGUAUUUUACUAAAGCUCUCAAUCUAAGCAUACUUAUGUUGCAUUUUUACCAUUGUGAAUUGUGAAAUGUUUUUAUUUUCACUCAUGUACAUAUGAUUGUUUUUGUGUCUAUUGUAUCCACACACGACAAAUAUAAUACAAUUUACUUUUUUAAAAGAA